AUGCCCUAUACUUCAAUUACCAUCAUCGUUGCUCCCUACCAUGUAGGCAUUUAUGAUCAUCGUGUUGGGGGCGGACCGCUUCGCAUUCUAGCCCACGGCAUAGACAGGGAGCUCGAGAAGCUCGCACCCGUGUCUUUCAUCAAUAUUGGCCCUGUUGACGAAUUCGAAGGCGAGAUUGGCAGGACAUUCGAGAUUAUCCGCCGAAUCUCAAAAGCGGUUUCGCAAGCGGCAGAGAACGACUCGUUUCCGUUGGUACUCUCUGGAAACUGCUACGCAAGCACGGCUGUUGUAGCCGGCUUGAACAAAUUCGUACCGUCCCUAGCUGCUCUAUGGCUUGAUGCUCACGACGACCUUGAUACACCUUCAACCCAUGAAAAUGGAUACUUGGAUGCCAUGGCCGCAUCCAUGUUGACUGGCACAAGUUGGCAUGCUUUGAUGAAGACUGUCCCUGGUCAUGCACCCAUGGACGUGAAGAACAUUGUCUACUGUGGUCUGCGAGAUGUUUCCGACACGCAAAGGCGAACCAUUCAAUCGGCCGGAGUUGAUGUGGUCUGGGGGGAUGCCGGGAGAAAGGUAAAUUUCGAAUCGGAAUUGUCUGCCGUUCUAAAGCGCAGAAACCUUGGCAAAACACACAUUCAUUUAGACUUGGAUGUCUUGGACGAGUCUCUCGGCCGGGUGAAUGAGUUUCCUUCUCCUGGAGGAUUCAUGCCAGAGGAUUUGAUGGGGCUGAUGAAGAUCAUUCCGACCGAGACUGAUCCCACAUCCCUGGUUAUUUGCUCCUUCAACCCUCGACUGGAAGGUGGUGAUGGCGUGGCCAAACUUGCUGUUCGGGCUGCAUGCCGCCUGGUUGGCAGUUUGAAGGAGAAGGGAUUGUUUGCUUCGAAUCUGGGAUAA